AUAGUCAGUGUGAUCCUGAAGCAGAUGCAGUCAGGAGCUCACCCAGGCUGCACAGCCCAUAGGAAAGACUGUGCAGGGAGCUGCAGGACCCUGGAUGCCUAGAGUGCGCCCCUUGCUGCUGCCCUCCUCGGCUUGGACCUUUGCCCUCUUGCUGGAUGCUUACUUCUGGUUCUUCUUAGGGCUCUUUGUUCUUUUGCAUCACUCAUGAUUGCCAACGUGCAGAGGCAGAGCCGGCUGGGGGCCCCCCGACUGGGCACCUGCAGGGCGCCCCCCAAAAGGCUGGAGAGCGAUGAGCCACCUGCCAAGUGCGCCCGGCUCAGUGAGUCCCCCCCGGACAGUGGACUGCUGCCCUCCCCGGGCUCCCCCCAGCCCCCAUCCCUGCACAGCGCUUCACCCCAACACCAAGGACCUACCUGUAUAGGGAACUACCUGCUGCUACCUGCUGGGGACCGGGAGAACGUGUCCAGAGCCCUCAACCUGCACACUGGAGAAGAGCUGCAGUGCAAGGUGUUCCCCUUAACGCACUACCAGAAAAAGAUCCAGCCUUACAUCCAUCUGCCCUGGCACCGGCACAUCACCGGCAUCGUGGAGAUCAUCCAAGGCGAGAGCAAGGCCUACGUCUUCUUUGAGAAGGAAUUCGGGGACAUGCACUCGUACGUGAGGAGCUGCAAGAGGCUGGGCGAGGAGGAGGCGGCCAAGUUGUUCAAGCAGAUCAUCGGCGCCGUGUCCCACUGCCACCGCUCGUCCAUCGUCCUGGGGGACCUCAAGCUUAGGAAGUUCGUCUUCUCCGACAAAGAAAGGAACCAGCUCAGACUGGAAAGCUUGGAGGACGCUCACAUCAUAAAAGGGGAGGACGACGCUCUGUCGGACAAACACGGCUGCCCGGCCUACGUGAGUCCGGAGAUCCUGAACACCACGGGGUCCUAUUCGGGGAGAUCGGCCGACGUUUGGAGCUUGGGGGUCAUGCUCUUCACUCUGCUGGUGGGACGCUACCCUUUCCACGACUCGGACCCUAGUUCCCUCUUUUCAAAAAUUCGACGCGGACAGUUCUGCAUCCCGGACCACGUAUCUCCGAAAGCCAGGUGCCUUAUACGAAGCCUUUUGAGGAAGGAACCUUCAGAAAGACUCACGGCGGAUGAGAUUUUAUUACAUCCAUGGUUCGAGGCGGCCAUGCACCCCAGUUUAGCGGACCAGGCACCGAGUAACAACGACCAACUAGUACCGGAUGUCCCACAGAACUGUGAUGACCUGGACUCCUUCUUCUGCUAGCCCGUCCCGUCUUGUGGACCACAUUAGCAUCCUACCCGGGACUGGUUAUAAACUUUAAAGCCCAUGAAGUCAACGGCUUGGAUGACCAUCUUGUAUUUUUAACCCCUUAGAUAAAUGCCCUUCUGACUUUGCCAACAAAUAUCCUAUUGUAAGAGCUCUCGUCUUGGGUUAAAGUUGGUGCCACACCUUUGCGGGGUGUUUUUUUUUUAGUUGGCGGACCCAUCACCUACACAAUAGAGGCAGCCAUUCUUACGGUCCGAACUUUACACACUGGCGAAUUGGUGACUUGUAUAAUGGUACGGGUCAAAAAAACAAACAAUAUGGCUACCUUUAGAGGCGUAGGUGGUUGACCCUUCUCUAGGUUGGACCUGAUGGUCUUGAAGUACCCACCUGACUCUUGCAAAGCAUCUUAUUGUGCUUUAAAAAAAACUCUAGUGAAUUUUAGUCCAUAUUUUUUUCAAACCUCGGUGCCAAUCACUUAAAGAAAUUUUUGAAAAAAAUUUGGGAUUUUUUGUUUUGUUUCAGCCAGUGAAGUGCAUUGUGGGAAAUCACUGUUUUUUUAUUUUUUUUAUUAUUAUUAUUAUUAUUUUUUUUUUUAUAGUUUCUUUGUGAUUAUUUUCCCCUCUAUUAUAUCUGACACACUGGUAAGGUCUCGUGAUGGGACGUAAAUAUAUUUUUUUGGGGGGAAAAAAAUUUAAAUUCAUACAUUAUGGUCAAAAAAAUGAAUAAAUCUACAGGUGUCCUAGCGGAUGUUCACUAUGGUGGAAAAAAAAAAAUAGUGAAAAUCGACACAUAUACCUCAUUAGUUCUGGCCUCGGCGCCGCGCAUUUCACGACUUCAGUAAUGAAUAAGUUAUAUGAUAAGUUAGAUUUCUUGUAAAUAUCUUCAUGGUGACUAUACCGUCUUUUUAUAUAUAUAUAUAUAUAUAUAUAUAUAUAUAUAUAUAUAUGUAUAUGUAUAUGUAUAGACCUGACGUGGAUACUUUGGCAUUGAACUGUAUUCAAAGUAGUAUGCCGAUGUAGCAGAGCCGAAGUCGUCAUUCAAGUUUUUUGGGCCCGUGUCAUCAUCCUUCUUUGCGUUGGGAUGAUUCGGCGGGUUUUCCAUGCAGUCCUGUGGACGAACACCAUUAUGAUCACGAUUGUGACAAACUCGGCUCUGCUACAUCCCUGUUUAAGUAUAUAGUGCCUAGAACCGUGCGAUGUAACUCAUAUCAAUUGGUUAUUAUGUCUUACAGUCUCUGGGUUCACCUUGCUCUACAACAGAUGUCUCCAAAUUUUGGACCGCCGGCUGUUGCAAAACUACAACUCCCAGCAUGCCCGGACAGCCUUCGGCUGUCCGGGCAUGCUGGGAGUUGUAGUUUUGCAACAGCGGGAGGUCCACACUUUGCUCUAUAGAGAUCUGCAAUAGGAUGGUGCUUGACAACCUGUCACGGUGCAUGGCAGGCCCAAAAAAUAAAUAAAAAUAUAUGUAUGUAUAUAUAUAUAUUUAUGUAUAUGUAUGUGUAUAUAUAUAUAUAUAUA